UUUCACUCAUAAGGAUGAUGCAUUGUCCAGUUAAGGGCAUAUGCAAUAGGUUUGAUUGAAACAUAACGUAUAAAAUAUGCAUUACUCUCACCUCUCUGAGUUCCCUAACUACGACAAUAGCAACAGCGCUUUAUAACUACCCACAACAGUCUGCGAGGGAGGUGGAUGCUACGUAUACUUCCUGCAGGCAUACGCCAUCAGCUUUGUACUCUGCGGUAAGGUAGGAAUUGUUGGGAGAAAGGGCGAUUUGUUUAAGUGAAUUAGCUGGCCAAUUUACUGCAUGGACGGACUCACUGGCCUUAUUACUGGUAGAAUACGGAUUAAUUCUGACAAUUUUCGGAACAGAUAACUACUGCAAGUACGACAUGAAUAAACCCGAAGAUGUCAUCCAGAUAACUUUUUUCAUCGUUUCUUGUUAGCUAGCUUGAAGUAGGCUAAGCUAAUUAUCGGAAAAGUUUAAUGUGAUUAGCUAGCUAGCAACCUGAACACCUUCAUGAUCAAUCAAAUGAUUCCCUGCUGAUGAGGCAUAUCGCUGGAUAGUCUUUUUCACUUUUUCACUGAGUGUAAUCAACCGUGGGACUCAAAAUGAAGAAACAGUUCAAUCGGAUGAAACAACUGGCCAACCAGACAGUUGGCAGGGCUGAGAAAACAGAAGUCCUAAGUGAUGACCUUUUACAGAUCGAGCGACGUAUGGAAAUGGUGCGUGUGGUGUCCCACAACAUGCACAAGAGGAUGGUCUCGUGCCUGCAGGGACACAUCGGCACCGACGGUGAAAAGAGACAUAAAAAGCUCCCGCUAUUCGGCCUGUCACAGUCAAUGCAGGAUGGAGGUGGUCAGAUGGGGGAGGAGUCGCUCAUAGGGAAAAUGUUGGAGGUCUGCGGCGAUGCUGAGAACCGGCUAGCCUCAGAGCUCAUGCAGCAUGAGGUGCAGAUUGAGAAGGAUAUUUUAGACCCCCUCAAUCAAUUAGCAGAGGUGGAUAUUCCCAACAUUCUGAAGCAGAGGAAGCAGUUGGCCAAGCUGGUAUUGGACUACGACUCAGCAAAAGCAAGGUGGUUGCAGGCAACCAAGUCGAUAAUCUCAGGAACUAACACUCAAGCGCUUACAGCCAAGGCCGAUUCACUCAAAGAAGAGGUGGAUGAAGCCAUGAACAAAGUGGAGCAGUGCAAGGAUCAACUUGCUGCAGAUAUGUACAACUUCUCUUCAAAGGAGGGAGACUACGCACGAUAUUAUGUAUUGCUAUUAGAAGCACAAGCGGAUUACCACCGCAGAUCACUUACAGUGCUUGAGAGUGUCCUGCCAACCAUCCAAGCACAGCAAGACUCCUGGACUGAGAAGCCAGCGUUUGGAACGGGCUUAGAAGAGCACUUAAAAAGGAGUAACCGAGAAAUCGCCCUGCCCCUUGAGGCCUGUGUGAUGAUGCUGCUGGAGACGGGCAUGAAAGAGGAGGGCCUCUUCCGGAUCGCUGCAGGAGCUUCGAAGUUGAAGAAGCUUAAGGCAGCUCUGGACUGCUCCACAUCUCAGCUGGAGGAGUUCUACUCCGAUCCCCAUGCAGUCGCCGGAGCUUUGAAAUCCUACCUGAGAGAACUACCAGAGCCUUUGAUGACCUACCAGCUAUAUGAGGAGUGGACCCAAGCAUCCAAUGUCUCUGAUCCUGACAAAAGACUGCAAGCACUGUGGGUGGUAUGCGAUCAGUUACCAAAGAACCACAAAGCAAACUUGAGGUACUUGGUUAAGUUUCUUGCUAAACUGGCUCAAGACAGUGAGAUCAACAAGAUGACCCCCAGUAACAUAGCUAUUGUCCUGGGACCCAAUUUACUGUGGGCCAAAACUGAAGGGAGUCUGGCAGAAAUGGCUGCAGUGACUUCAGUCCAUGUGGUGACCAUCAUUGAACCCAUCAUUCAGCAUGCGGACUGGUUUUUCCCUGAAGAGGUGGACUUCAAUGUAUCAGGGAUGUUUACUAAGCCAACGCCCAUUACAAACCACAUUAACCACCUGACCACACCAGACUAUGAUUCAGGCACCAUAGAAAGGAAACGGCCGGGUAGUAUGGUGGGACCAGAUUCAGAUAUUCCUCGCAGAGACAGCGCCGCUAACAAAUUACUGGACCACAUUCCGCGUAGAGGCAAUACUCUAACUAGAAAGCAGCACGCUUCGCCUGCCUUCCAGCCCCCUCUGCCUCCGGUAGAGGCUGCGGGGGCUGUGGUGGGGCAGCCUGCCGCCGAGCUCCAGCCCCAACUGCCUGUGCCGGGGGGCCAGGGCUUAGAGGCCUGCCAGCCUAGCUUGGCGCUGGGGAUAGCUGCCCUGGCGGCCGCGCAGCAGCUUCUAGUCCAGCCCAGUGAGGAGAGCAGCUCCAGAUCCAGGGAGUCUGCAUCCACCCCCCCACCCCAGAGGAACGGCUCUGCAGGAUCAGGCCAGCUGAAUGUGGGGUCCCCAGUGGCAGGAACCACAGGCCCCAGUCCUCACAUGACACGCAGAGGCACCAAAAAGCCAGCCCCUGCCCCUCCAAAACCAGCCAACCCCCCUCCAGGUCAGCCCGGCCCUCAGCCAGGCCAGUAUCCCACCGCAGGCACCCCUCUGUCCCUCCCUCACACACCAAGACCCCUCUCCAGCCACUCUCCCACAGCACAGACACCCACUCUGACGGUGGCCCAGCCUGCCACUACACCUCGCCGUCACUCCAGCAACCAGACGCUCAUCCAGGCACCCAACCACCCACCCCCACAACCUCCCACGCAGGUCACCCCUCCUCCCCAUGGCCAGACUGAGUCUGGAGCGGACCCUUCCCCGCCCAGCACUCCAACCCCACCCAACACCCCUCCACCGACCAUGACUCACCCGGAUGGUGCCGGAACCCCCAUCUUUUCGCCGUACCCAACAGGUUCUUUACCCCGGCCGCGACCCGUGCCCAAACCACGGAACCGGCCCAGUGUCCCUCCACCGCCACAGCCUCCAGGCUCAGGUCCAGGCACGGACACCAACGGCAUCUGUAGCUCUGCAUACAAAAUGAUGGAUUCGGGGUUGAUGUUCAAGGGGCUGAGCCGGGCUUACGUCCCUGACCUGUUUGUGGAGCCGCAGCCCAAGGACAGCGAGCUUGACUCAGAGAGCACCGUCCUCUGAGAGGGGUCAGCCUUCGCUUCGGAGCGUCCACAAACCCUUCGCAAUCCCCCAGCAUCCUCCCCUCCUCCUCCUUUGGCCCCACGGAUCGGUAACCCACUGCUGCUCUCUCCCCUCUAGUUACCAAAGUGUAUACCGACCUGGCAGCCUUCAGCCGCCAGCUACUUUCUUCUUAAGUGCCCAAGCUUUAGACAAUCAAACUCUCCCAGUGGCAGAGGAGGACUGUGCCAGAGGAGCUUCAAACUCCAGAAAAACUGAGCAUCUUUACGUGGAGCUGCCAGGGGUUGAUGGAUUAUAUGGCAGUAAAAACAACGACCUUAAACGUUUGAGAUUGCUUGAGAUGCUAAAAACCCACAGGAGUUGUAAAAGCUAGGUGAUGGGUUGACUUUUUAUAGACAACAUGAGAAAGAAAUAUAUAUUGGUUUGAGGUAUGAACGGGUGUAUGUGUUUGAUGUGUGGGGUUGAGUGUGUGGUUAUGUGUACAUUUGUUAUUGAAGUGACCUUUGCUGACAUGAGAUGAUAAAAGAGGAAAGUUUUGCAGGACGUACAGGAGGUUUGGUUGAAACCCAAAGCACCGCUUAAAAACAAAACACAAAACAAAACAAAUGUAGCUGGUGACUGCAGGUUUGCAGUCCAUUCACAGACUUAAACGGACCCUUUUUUACUGCUUUUGUAUGAGAACUGUCUCCUACUUGCUCUAUUUAUUACCCAUCAUCAACACAUUCCUGUGGCAAAAGGGUUUGUCUUUGUUUUUAAGAAGCCUUAUCAGCGCCCCCUUGCAUAUUCAUAGGGGCUAAUUCUGUUCAUUGGCCAUGAGGUGUAUCUAAGCCAUGAUUUAUUUGCUGCCUUUCUUUCCUCCCCUGUUUUUAUAUUGAUGGGGCAUUACUGUGACUGGUCAAGUAAACUGAAUGUGGUAUGACAUACCAAUUGCUCCCCGAUCCAAGUACAAUAACUCUAAAUGCAUUGCAAUUGCACUUACAGCUAGGCAAGUCACAAGAGCUGUCCUUGCUGUUCCUGUGAAGAUCAGGCAUAUUAUCAGAAAAGCUAUGAAGAUACAGGAGUGAAGUGGUGACACGUGGUACUGGGGAUUGAUGGGCCACAGAACUGUCAUCUCUUCUAACUUUUAUUCAGUACUUUUGUUGUAUUUGAGAGUAAGGCCAUGAUCUUGUAAAGAACCAUAGAUGGUACCUUUUUCAUUGGCAAAACUAUGUGCAAAGUCAGUGACACCUGAUGUCAGUGUUACAAUAUACUUACUUUCCAGAACAUAAGGUCUCUCAUCUUAAACCAGCUUUUCUGCUACCUUGCUGCCUUAUUCCUCAACACUAAGGAACCAUUUUUUUUUUUUUUUAAACACAGGUUUAGAGAAUACACUACACUUAUGAAACAGGAAUUGUUGAUGGUGCAUUUGAAGCUCAAAAGUUAAAUAAUACAAGGGACUGGUGAGCUCCAAAAUGAAUCUGGAAAAAAAGACUGCUUGGUAAUACUCAUUUUCAAUAAAAAGUUAAAUGAUCA